CUCCGAACGACAGGUGGCAGUAGUGCGCAGUCCACGUUUGGACAUGAAGAAGUGUUUCCGGUGUCAUGGCGCUGUCCCGUCAACGCAUGGUAGAGUAAAACGUUCCAGUUUUAAAACGUCAAAGACAAAAAACUCGUAAGAGUAUCCCUUAAGUUAGUGCAAAAUCUCGACAACAGUCUAGUAUUAUUUUAUUAAUUGACGUCAUGGCUUUGUACGUGAAAGCCGCGGAGAUCCUGGAGAAAGCAGAGAGGAAACAGGGCGCUCUGAAAACUCUCGUUUACGACAGUAAAUUUCAGAACAUCAAGCAGCUUUUUGCUUUAGUUUGUGAGACCCAGAAGUUUUCCUCCGUCCUGUUGGAUAUAAUCGAGUCUACCAAACUGCUAAAACAGACGAAGCUGAAACUGCACUUAGCUAAAGUGCUCGUGUACGACCUGCUGAUGGGGCAGGGUCUGAAGUGCGGAGGAUCCUUCAAGUCCACCAUGAUGAAGCAUCGCCCCCGACUGCAAGCGGAGCUGGCCCGCAUGAAGGUGAAGCGGAAAGUUAGUAGGAAUGAAGACCUCCUCCCUGUGGAGGCCCAGAUGCCCCCUGGAGAGCAGCUGCCCAGGUAUGUGCGCGUGAACUCCCUCAAGACCACCGUGGAGGAUGUCGUGGACUACCUUAAGAGGGAUGGCUACACCUACCAGGGACAGGCCUCCAGACUGGAUGACUUAACCCUAAAAUCGAAGAACUUUGUGAAGGACAUGCACCUUCCAGAGCUGCUGGUCUUUUCUCCCAAAACAGACUUCCAUGACCAUUUUCUUUACAAAGCAGGUCACAUCAUUCUGCAGGACAAAGCCAGCUGCCUUCCUGCUCAUCUCCUCAACCCUCCGUCUGGUAGCCAUGUCAUCGAUGCCUGUGCCGCUCCCGGCAACAAAACCAGCCACCUUGCAGCCAUCAUGAAGAACAAAGGCAGGCUGUUUGCCUUUGAUUUGGAUGCCAAGCGUUUGGCCACCAUGUCAACGUUACUGCUCCGGGCAGGGGUCACCUGUCAGCAGUUGGCCAACCAGGACUUCCUCAAGGUUAACCCAGACAGUCCACAGUAUAAAGAUGUUGAAUAUGUUCUCCUGGAUCCCUCCUGCAGUGGAUCAGGUAUGGUGUGUCUGCAGGACCGAACCGCAGCUGAUCAGACCCGCUUGGCCUCACUGGCAGCCUUCCAGCUGCGAUGUUUGAAUCACGCUGCGACGUUUCCUCGCUUAAAACGCUUGGUUUACUCCACCUGCUCCAUCCACAGGCAGGAGAAUGAAGACGUCAUAGCUGCCUUUCUUCAGCAGAACUCCACAUUCAGGUUGGUGCCGCUCUUGCCUCAGUGGCCCGAGCGAGGCCUGGAGCCGCUUUCGCAGUGUUUGCGUGCGAGCACAUCCAAGACGCGCACACACGGCUUUUUUGUCGCUCUGCUGGAAAAACACAGUGAAGCUCUGAGUUCAACGCCACCGCUCACCAAUCAGAACAGAGCUGUUGAAGAGGAGAAAACUGUUACUUUGGAAGCUCCAGACACAGAAGACACACAAACAUCUCCACCAGGAAAGACUGAAGAAGUACCCAGCAGCAAGAAGAAGAGGCGAAAGAGAAAGAAGAAGCAGAAGACACAGGGAAAUGAGCAUUAAACAUCUGCAGCAUGUUUAUACUCUCAGAUGAAUGGAUGAUUAUAAAGAUGAGAUAUUUUACUGUCACCUGCUCGUCUCAAUAUUGUAAUGUUUUCUUCAGUGCUUUGAAAUUUCUCUUUUUGUGUUCAUAAAUUCAUAAUAGAGGUGAUAUGAAAGCAACUCACACCAUCCUGAUAAUAAAAAAUAAUGUUACCUGUG